GAAAGGAUAGAGUUAGAAGUGUUUCGGUCACUUAAGCAAGAGAAUGAAGAGUCCGUUAAUCAAUAUGUUCUGCGUCUUCGGGCACAAGCUUCUCGAUGUGACUUUCAGGACCGAGUAACAAAAGAAAUAUUACAUCAAAUAACAAUAGGAGCAAAAGACGAAAGAGUUCGGGACAAAGGCUUAGAAGACAUAAUGGAAUUAGAUGAGCUUAUUAAUUAUGCAACUAACAGGGAAGUAUUAAUAAGCCAGAAAAUGAAAAUUAAGGACAAAGAAAUUGAACCGUCAAUUGCAUACGUCAAACAACAACCAAUGAUAACAAAAAGAAAAUGGCAAGAUACUAGCUGCCACCGUUGUGGGUCAUGGCGACAUAACGGAAAUUCUAAUGAGUGUUAUGCUAGAAAAGCUCGUUGUAAUGCUUGCGGGCGCAUAGGACAUUUCGGUAGAUGUUGCAAAACGGAAGGAGGAAAUGUAACAAAGAAUAGGUUUCAAUGGAAAAAACCGAAAACAGAAUCAUCAGGACAUAUGCAGCGAAAUCAAAGACGAAACUCAGAUGCGGUAGACAACCUUAAUGAGCGAUUAACGACAUCACGGCUUUGGGAGAACGGUAUGGUCACAUGUACAUUGGAUCAUGUUCCUGUUGAAUUUUUAAUAGAUUCAGGUGCGUCUGUGAAUACCGUUACGGAGGAAGUAUGGAAAACAUUACAAGAAUUCAAAGCAGAUAUUCACGAUAUCACGUACGACUGUAACAAGAAUAUAACUGCGUAUGCGAGCAAACAACCCUUAAAAAUAAUUCUUAAAUUUAAAUCAUUAGUAACAGUUAACGAAAAUAAGCCAACGGUAUAUGCGGAAUUCUUUGUAGUGCAGAAUAGCAACAAAUCAUUGUUAGGCAAAACUACUGCCGAGCAGUUAAAAGUGUUGAAAGUAGGUUUAGAGGUACAAAAUUUAGAAGAACAAAUACAACCUUUUCCAAAAUUUCCAAAUAUUCAGAUCCGAUUAUCCAUUAAUAAGGCAAUACCUCCAAAAAAAAUAUCGUAUAUUAGAGUUCCAAUUGCGUUAGAAAAAAAAGUAGACCGUAAAAUUCAAAACAUGCUUGAUUCUGACAUAAUUGAACCAGUCUUAGGCCCUCCGGAAUGGAUAUCCCCAAUGGUAGUAGUACCAAAGGGAAAAGAUGAUAUAAGAAUUUGUAUCAAUAUGAAAUAUCCAAACCAAGCGAUCCAACGCGAACAUUUUCCGUUACCAGUUAUUGAAACAUUGUUAAACAAGUUACGUGGAUGCAAAAUAUUUUCUAAACUCGAUAUUACUUCGGCAUAUCACCACAUUGAACUUCACCCAGACUCAAGAGCAGUUACCACUUUCAUGACUAGCAAAGGGCUUAUGCGUUUCAAGAGAUUAAUGUUUGGAAUUAAUUGUGCCCCAGAAAUAUUCCAAAGAAUUAUGACUCAAAUGUUAAUAGGAAUAGAUGGAGUGGUAAUUUACAUUGACGACAUAGUUGUAGCAGGUGAAAAUAAAACAGAACAUGAUAAACGCUUAAGGCAAGUGUUAGGAGUCUUAAAACAAAAUAACGCAACCUUGAAUAAGGAGAAAUGUGUAAUUAGUGCUGACAGUUUAGAAAUACUUGGGUACAAAAUAUGUUCGUCAGGUAUUGCACCCGCUGAAGAUAAAGUAGAAGCCAUUAAGAAUUUUAGAAAACCAGCAACAAGGGAGGAAGCUAGAAGUUUCUUAGGUUUGGUAAACUUUGUAGGGCAAUUUAUCCAUCAUCUAUCGAGUAGGUCAGAACCUCUACGUAAGUUUAUUAGAGGAGAAGUAGAGACAUUUGGCAAAGAGCAGGAAACAGCUUUUGAUGACCUGCGUACAGAGUUGUCCAACAAUGUUCGUGAAUUGGGGUUCUAUAAGCCCGAGGAUGAGACAGAAUUGUAUGUUGACGCAUCUCCAUCGGGAUUAGGAGCUGUUCUUACCCAGAGAGAUAAGGAAGGAAAAUCUCGCAUUAUAAGUUUCGCGUCAAAGGGUCUAACGAAAACAGAAAGAGUCUAUCCUCAAACUCAAAGGGAAGCUUUAGCAGUUGUAUGGGCAGUGGAAAAAUUUUAUCCAUACUUGUUUGGGAUAAAGUUUACAAUUUUCACCGACCAUAAGACGUUAGAAUAUAUCUUUGAAGGAAAACACCAACAUGGUAAACGGGCAUGUUCAAGAGCGGAAGGAUGGGCUUUGAGAUUACAACCAUACAACUUUGUAGUUAAAUACAUUCCCGGAAACUGUAAUAUUUCUGAUAGUUUAUCGAGAUUGGGAUCAAAUUGGGAUAUCAACAAACCAUUUGACGAAGCUUCAGAGCAUUACGUCUAUACUAUUGACAAUGAAUACGAGGCGAUCACAUUAAGCGAAAUCAGGUCAGAAACAGCACAAGAUGAGACAAUGAAGAAAGUUGUCAAAGCUAUAGAAAAUCAGACAUGGGGCCCAAACUUGGCACAUUAUCAGGCGUUCAGCAAAGAACUAGGAAUUAUACAAGGUAUGGUUGUGAGAGAUGACAGGAUAGUUCUACCAGGAAAGCUGAGACAAAAAGCAUUACAUAUAGCUCAUGCAGGACACCCAGGAGAGGUAACAAUGAAAAGAAAAUUACGAGAGAAAAUGUGGUGGCCAUUUAUGGACAGGGAAAUAGAGUCGUACGUCAAAACGUGUAGUGGAUGUGCAGCAGUAAGAAAAAUGGGCACAGCAGAACCAAUGAUACGAAAAGAAAUGCCUGAACGACCAUGGCAAGACAUAGCAGUAGAUUUUUUUACGGUAAAAGAAUUUGGAACGUUCCUGGUACUAGCUGAUUAUUAUAGUAGAUUUUUAAAAAUUGUGGAAAUGAAAAACAUUACAGCAAGUAAAACUAUUGAAGCUAUAGAAACGAUAUGCAAAGAUCAAACAUUCCCCGAAUCGAUCAGGUGUGACAAUGGGCCUCCAUUUAGUAGUGAAGAGUUCAGAACGUAUUGCAAAACAAAAGAUAUAAAGAUAGUACAUUCAAUUCCCUAUUGGCCCCAAAUGAACAGACUAGUAGAGCGAAAUAAUAGAGGAAUACUAAGAACAUUAAGAAUUGCAAAGGCACAAAACAGUGAUUGGCGUAAAGCUAUUGAAGAGUAUGAACAUAUGUACAAUACUACACCACAUUCCAUAACAGGUAAAGCCCCCCUAGAAUUAUUAAAUGGGAGGCCAGUUAAGGGACUAUUACCAUCAUUAAAAACAGCAACAGAUUGGAACCGCGACAAAGAUGUGAAAGAGAGAGAUGCGAUACGGAAAAUGAAAGGAAAAAUCUAUGCGGAUGAGAAGAGACGAUCCAAACCUUCUGACAUUGAAGUAGGAGAUAUAGUUCAAAUAUGGAACUAUCACCAAGGGAAGGCAGAGCCAAAAUAUGGAACUGAAAAAUUUAGAGUCAUAAAAAGGGUUGGAAACGAUACUAUAGUAGUAAGUGAUGAAGGAGUUAAAUAUCGCCGGCCUGUUGCACAUUUAUAUAAGAUUCCCCUGGUAGAAGCGAUAAAAACAAAGAAUUCACAAAAUAGUAAACAAAAAGAUGAUAACCAAAGUGUAGGUAAUCGUCCAAUAAGAGUUCGAAGAAUUCCAAAUAGGCUAAAGGAUUGAGAUAAUAGUUUUUUUUUCUCUCGUAUAUCAAUGUAAAUAUUAAAAUACAAUGUAAGUUUUGUAGUACUUUUGAAAUUGGAUUAACUUCAGAGGAGAAAAAGGAUGUAGAGUUGCGUACAAGCAGUGUUGUAUACAAGAGAGAGAACAAACAUAGAAUGAGAGGAAGUGUGAGAACGUUGACUAAAAGAGAGGGAAUUGUGGGAGAGAACAUUGGUCACUGUUGGAAGUUAUAUAAAGAGAACGUUGGUGAGAAUCGAGGAGAUGGUUAAUAAACGGUGACGAGGAAACAUCAA